UCUUCACUCCUUCUUGGUCUGCUGCCCUACCGGAAUCCUGUUGAAAUUUGAGUCUUUCUCAAACUGUGUUUACACUGCAGGCAUUUAACAAUGGGCUCUCCGUCUGCCUUUGAAAACAUCUCGUUGGCUGUUCAGCCAGGAGCUCUGGACCUGACGACUGACAACCAGAAUGUGACCUACAUUUCAGUUCAAUCCAUCACACAACCGAAUAGCACCAGGCUGGACUGGAUCCUGUACACGGUGCCCACCUCCGCCUUCCUGCUGGGGCUCUCUCUCUUCUCCCUGGUCCUCAUCAAACACAAGCAGAGAGGCGAGAGAAUCAUCCGUGAGAAGAGAAUCAACAGAAUGAAACUUGCACAAUACAGGUUGAACCAUUUCAGCACUGAGAGUGUUGCUAAAGAUGGGGAUGUCUGCAAGGUGCAGGCUCUGGAGGCCCAGUCGUAUGAGAAUGUGGAAGCAGCUGUGUACUCCAACCAGACCAGGGUCACCUACUACAUACCAGAGGCCAAUGGAGAUGAUACAGAUUAUGUCACCCCUGAUGCAGACAUAUGUGAAUCUGACGGAGGAAAAGGAGAGACCCUCCACCCCCCUCCUAACCAAACCGAUACUGACGGAGAGUCCUACGAGAACAUGGAGAGCGCGCUGUACGCCCAGCCUCGCAGACCUACAGACACAGUCGGGCAGGAAGGAGAUUACAUCGAACCUUACGGAGAACAAGAGGAGGGAGAGAAACAUUGCAAUCAUCUAACAGACACGGAUGACGAGUCCUAUGAGAAUAUGGACAGGUCAGCAUACUCACAGCGGCAUAACCACAGCGAGUCCUGCAGGUCAAACAGAGCAACUGCAGUCCAGGAGGAGGACGAGGAGGAGGAAGAUUCGUACGUGAAGAUGGCAAGCAUCACAUAACCUGACCGGAGUGAGGGAUGGAGUGGGAGAGGUGGAGAGAGAGGGAGGCAAUGGAGCAGUAUCAGAAGAGAAAGGAGAAGGAUGUGAAGAGCGAAUAAAAUUAGAAACAGACUGAAGUGAAGGAAGUGUGAAAGACGGCGGUCAGAACGGAAAUGAUUAAUAAUGAAUAACUGUUUUAGGUGAAUUUUUAUCAGGCUAUUUUUAUACUGUUUAGACUUUGUAUACUAUAUUUCCAUAUAGUAUUUGAGUGUACGAUAUUGCUUUCUUUUAGUUACCAUGAGUUGGAUAUUAAAAGGAUAUACUUUUAACUAUUUAUUCGUCAAUUUUAAUUGUGAUCAUUACCAAUGAAAGGUACAAUAGGUCAUUGCAGCAACAAACGCCCUCAAACCACAAUCCUUCCCACAGUCUAUGAAUACAACGCGUAAUAUAAAGCGUUAUUAUACAGUUCAGUGUUCUUCAUGUUUUGGAAAGCUGUGACAAACGCGACAGAGCCUGCCGUGUUCUAUUAAGAAAAUGUUUGCCGAACAGGUGACUUUGUGAAAUGUUGACAUUUAGUGUGCUACACAACACUAUAUUUUUGGUCUUUUUGAAGUUUUCACUUUAGCUAACCAACUAUAUUAUGGUUAUGUAACUAGCUGUCUAUACAACUAAGAUAUGAUAGUGUACCACAAACGAACUGUAACGUGCAGUUUGAGACAAAUAAAGGUUUAGCUAAACACG